AUGAUCGCCACAGUGUUUGGCCUCACAACCCUGAUGACUUCGCGCUUGAUCUACAAUGUCAGCAAGCAGAUCCAGCAGGACAAGGUAGACAACUUAUUGUACUUCGUCGAUUUCGCCCAGGCGGCGCUUCGAACAAAGGAGAUCAGAGGCCUGGACGCUUCCAAGGGCUCUGCCCAGCCUUUCCAGACGCUGGAAUUCCUAGUGCGCGAUUGGCCGCACUAUGCCGACGGCGAGACCGUGUCACGAGGCAGAGACAUGAUGCUCGCACACUUGGACCAGUAUCGGGAUCCGAAGGUCUCUGCCGACACCUCGAGCAUGGACAAUCUGGCCCGGAUGUUCGGCAACAUUGACGUCUGGUGCUUGCCGCACCCCUCCCUGAAGAUAGAGCGGGAGAGCUGGGACGGCAAGCUGGACGUCAUUGAGCCCGACUUCUGGCGGUUCUUGGACGACUAUAUGCGGAAGAUCUUUUCCCCCUCCGAGCUCGCGGUGAAGACGACCAUGGGCACUCCCGUGACGGUGGGCUCCUUCGGCGCCGUCAUCCGGAAGUUCAUUGCCGCCUUCGGGGUGGCGGCCCCCCAGGCUCAGACCUUCGCAGAGGCCAUGGAGACCUCCACUUCGCUCCUGGCGGCCGAGAGCGCCAUGAAGGUGCUCCGGGCGCAGAUGGAGGCCGCGCUCCCCGCGCUCGGGGACGAGGCGCUGGCCCCCGAGGCGUUCGAGGAGCGGGCGAGCGCGGCGGCCCGGGAGGCGCAGCAGGAGUUCGAGGACAAGGCCAUCUUCGGCGACGAGGCGGGGAUCAGCAGGCGCGGGAGCGCGCUGAAGGUCCAGGUCUCCAAGGAGCUGGACAGGUACCGCGAGGAGAACCAGCGGAGGUUGGAAGCCUCUCUCGGCGGUCUCACCAACGUCACCGUCGCCGCCAUCGCCGCCUUCGGCGCCGACAGAUUCAGCGAUGUGGCGUGCGACUGGUGGCUGGACCUCUGCCGGGACCUGUCGGGGACCCUGUCGACCGGGUACCUGUUGGUGGCGGCCUACGUGGCCUUCAGCCUGAACAAUGUGUCCAUCCAAGCAGGGCGGCCUCAGCGCCACCGUGGCCGCGGUGGAGCUGUGGAAGUCGGUGCUCAAGCGGGGCGGGGAGCUGCUGAGCGAGGCCAAGGCGAAGGCGGACGACCCCGACUAGUCCGGGCGCGCGCGAGAGCACGCGGUGGGUCCUUCAUCCUUCCCCCCUCUCAGGAAAUAGCUAACAGUCUGGCGUCUGUGGGUAGAGUCGGCAGCCAUGGUUGUGGGCAAUCCAGCCAAUGCCUGGGCACCGCGUUUUUUCAAUAG